CCUGCACUGCAAUAUAAUACAUGUACAGGGACUGUAAGCACAAACUAAGAAAUUUAUCUCCAGUACACUACACUGUACGGAGUUACUCUGUAGCCAAAGGAGGGAAAGGAACCCAACCAAGACAAAAAAGGAAGCAAAAGGAAGCAAACGGACGGGGUUUUGCUUCCACCUACAAAGCUUUCCUUUCUUUUUCCACAACGAGAGACGAGAGACGAGAGACGAGAGACGAGAGACGAACGAUAAACCAUAACUACCUGGUUUGAAUCAAUAACCCCAGCCGCCAAGAGACCUGCUAGUGGCGUCUGGCGCAGGAAUUAGUUAGCGGGACACCCAGUUUCCUCCAACCGUUGGUGGGUGUUGUCUUUAAAUGGUGGCUGAUCCAAGUUGCCGGCAGAAAACCAAACGCAACGACACCUCCCUCGCCCUAAGCACCAAGGAGAGCCCAACGAGAUCGCUCAUCCUCCCGAACUCCUCCUCUUUAUCUGUUUGUCUUGCCUGGGAUUCCAUUGUUUUGCAUCUCUGCCACCAGCCGUCGGAUAACCCGAGAUCCGUUCGAACAUUGCGAAAGGCUAUGAUAUCGAGGUGCGGGGGGGCGAUCUAUUGUUUAGCGGUGCUCUAACAACGCUGUCUCUCUCCGUCCAGAAAAUUCAUACCAACGAUAACAAGAGAGGAGGGCUAUCCCAAAACGACUUGUAAUCACAGGACAUCAUGGCUCCAUCACCUUCUGCUGAAUCACUCCCGGGUCCCCUCGCAGACUUUUUUUGGAUUGCUGGUGUCGAUGGGCCGGAGAUCCUGGAUAUAUUCUCGAAGCUUGGGGAGGAGUACAAAGCCAACCAUUCCCAAUCGCUGCCGGUAACGGAUACAAUUCAAGAAGAUGCAGAUGCAGAAGAGGCAAUCCACUCUCGUUCAGGAUCACCCCAGCCGUCCUCCAAGCGGAAUUCGUCCCAAUGGCUACCAAAACCAUCCGACGAGGCGAGGUUAUCCUAUCGAUCCAUGGCAUCUGAAACACCAAGUAACCGGAGCAGCAUGACCAUCAAAGGCUCCCAAUCUCCAAAUGGACUCUCUUUACUCAGUGACGGCGACUUUGACAAAGCAUUGUUAAAAUUUGCUGCUGAGAGGGACUCAUUUUUGUCCGAUCUCUCGCUCAGUGCAGGUGCUGUAGUCGCCAAUAAUCGGCCCAAACCACGACCUAGGACACAGAAGAUUGUGGCAGAGGAGGUCAACCCGCUGAAGUCGAGCAUUGGUAGCGUUCGCAGACAUAUGUCUUUUAGGGACAUGAGCAGCAUGAAGAGACAACCAUCUCUUGCACGUCAGUCUUCUGUUCGCACUUCCAGACGACUAAGUAACUACAACUCGGUAAUCCCAGUACCUCAACCGCUUGAUGUAUCUCCUAAUAUGCACCCACUGAAGCGUAAAUUCGAACCUGUCCUUCUCGACAGAUACCCGCCGAAAGGAGUCCCAGACGAGACCAAACAGAGAGGCACCUUCCCUGACUACGUUCCAAUGUUUGCUUUCCCGAAUGAUAUCAAUAUCGUGUCCUCUGACCAGAGACCCCGCUCGACCUGGCAUGGGUUCGCAAUGACGUCAGGAGAUGGAUCUAAGCUACAUGGUGUCUGUGUGACGAUUUGGAUUCCCCUCAACCAUAGAGCUGCUGAGGAAUUGGAAAAGCGAUGUGAGGAGUGGAGGCGAGUCAACAUGACGGACGAGGAGCGGGAACUGGCUGCCAGCCUGGGUGAACGACUGGCCAUGGAACGAGCGAAGCUAUCCAGGCUACUUGCUCAGCUGCCUUCAGUGCCUUCAGGCUCCGCCUCCAGGGACCAGCUGGAAGAUGAGAUAAGUUCAGUGGAGGAGAAAAUUGGGCUCAUGGCCGAUCUCCUCCGCCCGGUCCGACUAGGUGCUGCAACUAAAAUUGACGGGCUCACUGACGGGGAUACAGGAUUUUGGAUCCCGAGAGCAUACGGAAUUUUAGGAAAAGAUGGAUCAAUGACCAGUUUUUGGAAAGAAUGGCUGCGGGCCGUUAUUGUUCCAAUGACUGAUGGUGCUGUGCAAAGGGUCCCUGCUAGCUCUCCUAAGGUAGGUAGGUGGCAGCCAUUAGAGCGCUAUGUUGUGAACCUCUGCACCGAAGCCUUUAGCCCCUUAUCUUCGAAGACCCAAGUUGAGAUCGCAGUGCGAGAAUUGCGUCUUUUUGCCCGAAAGGAAGCGAUCAAUGAAUUGCCUGGUUCUCGAAAUACCGACUUGUAUGCACUCUUCCGCUCGCUUUCAAUCUCAAAUAUAAUCAUCUUGUUCGAAUACAUCCUUGUUGAAUCCCGUAUAAUUCUCCUGUCAUCUCAUGCUGCCAUGUUGCACUUGGCGAGCAAAGCCCUCGUUGAUCUGCUCUUUCCAUUUCAAUGGACAGGCGUCUUUAUCCCUAUCCUACCUGCCCGGCUUAUCCAAGCACUCGAAGCGCCUUGCCCCUAUAUUGUGGGAAUUGAGCGGAGGUACGAAAAGGCGGAGCUUCCUUCUGAUGACUUUGUACUUGUAGACCUCGACCAAAAUGAGAUCGAAAGCACGGCGAGACCUACUCCUUUACCUCGCCAUCAUCGUCGCAAGCUACAAUCCCUCCUUCAAAUGGCUGCUCCUCUCCAUAAUAGAUACGGAGUUCACCCUGGAGCCCCUUCCUAUGCAAUUGAAACUUAUCCAUUCGACUCAUUUCCUGGCGAAAACCAAUCGAUUUUCUCACCUAGGGCGCCGCCCACUCAACUCGCUAAAUACGUGAGCGUAAAUUCUACGGCGUUCGGCCAGGAUCCCUCCGUCUCUCCAACUUCACCAAUUUUUAAUGUCUUUUUAAACGCUCGGAAUGAUGUACCCUUUUCUAGGGGGCAUGACCGCCCGACAACAAGCUCAACAUCGAAGGCUGGCACUCCGCCCUCCCCAAAAGCUUCUGGCAGCUCUUCUCCGACCUCAAAUAAAUUCCCCACUUUGCCUCCCACACCUAUAUCUCGCAACGAUUCAGGAUUUGCCCUCCAAUCAUCGUUGCGGGAGAAGAGAUCAGGUCAUUUCGAUGCCGGUUCCCGCAGAAGUUCGUCGUUCGGUGACAGAAAGCCCAGUAUACCCAGGCGACCUAGUGCUCCAUUCCUCAGCCAUACCUCUAGCCUAUCUAUAUCAACUAUCAAUACUGACAACGGGACAUCUGUUUAUGCACCAUCCAUAUAUGCGCAAUCCACUGUGGCAGCGUCGACUAUCAUGCCGAACUCGUCCCAACAACCACUACGUAACCCUGCUGGUACCACGAUGGUAGAGGGACACUGUCUACAACUACAACCAUGGGAUGACAGGACUCCUUGUUCGAUAUGUGACGAAAAGGCCGAGGAAGGCAUGUACAAAUGCUCAUCGUGUAGCACAAUUGUCCAUACCCGUUGUGCAUCCCAGAUUACCCUCGUAUGCCCAGCUGCGUUCAAUCCUGAACAGGUCCGUGCCGCAUUUGUCCGGUGCUUCGCAAGUCUGCUCUACACAUAUAAGAAGUUUCUCCGACCUGCAACGGGGGACAAGAAAAAGGCCGGUAUGAGUUACACUUUCAACAUGGAUGCAUUUCUCAAAAGCUUGCCACACGAGCACGCGGAAUACAUGACUAUACUCCAACAAACGCAAGGGUUCAAUGAGUUUAUCAGCGAGCGCGAACAAUCAUCUCUUUCAUCCAGAGAUCCCCGAGUUACGCUGUUUGACGAGAUUAUAUUAUCAAAACGCAACCGCGGCCGAACAUCGAUCUUCUCAGGUCGCAUGACAACCAAUUUCUUAUCGGAUACGUCAGACCAUCUCUGGCGCUCGGCAAGCGCAACUUAUAUACCCAGCAGCCUGCAUCAGGCCACCAACUCAAAUGAUUGGAAAAGCGCCGUUGCGAGAGCUCCCGCAAAGCUGGAUCCGAACCACAUGGAAGAGCCGCGCAUGAUUCAAGGGGCAACCCGAAUAUCCAAAACUACAAAUAACGCGAGAAGAAAACCGGUCCCUAAGUUUCAAAAUGACAACGUUGGUUGGCCGCCCUAGUUGGCCGCCCUAGUUGCCUAAGCGCCCGCAUCAAAGACGAGGAGGUUUGAGAGCGAUCAGCUCUCUUAUUUAUCUAUCUAUCUAUCUAUUUAUCUCUUUUCCGGACUUGUGAUUCGUCCCCUUUUUGCUCUACACUUAUUACUACGUUUCAUGAUAUCCCCAAUACCCUCUUCUCCUAUUUUGCGCUUGUGUUCUCUUUCCCUACUCUCAUUAGAAUUGCCUUCGAAAAUCUAUGACCCAAUUCCGCUAAAUCUCCAUGCCCGUCUCCUUUUUUGUCUUGGAGAACCAUGACCAUUGAUUCUUCUCCCCUUUUUUAUUAUUUAAAAACCAUCUAUACCUGUGUAUGGCUCUUUCAUUUUGUCCCACUUCUUGUUUUUGAUCGGACAGGUGGAUUGGAAAUCUCCGUUUUGCCCAUGUCUGCUGCCAAAUUGCUGCUGCCAAAUUGUUUGUUACACUUCUCCUUCAUUGUGGCACUGAUCAUAUUCUUGGGUUAUUUGAAACCCGCUGUGGGAAUGGGAAGUGUCCUAUUUUUUGAUUCUGUUGGCAUAUUCAGAUUUGGUUUUUGCCUGCUUGCGUGUUUCGAUUUUGAUAUUGAUUUGUGAUUUUUUUCCUCCCCCUUUCGUUAAUUUUCCCACUUCUUGUUUUCACCGCGUGCUUAUUGAAAUACGUCCUUUAAUAGUUCCUCCUUUUCUUCAUUAACUUUGUUUGUUCUACUACCCGUUGUUCCGUUGCUCAUAUCAUAAUUCCCCGCCCUGAAGGUUCUCUUUCUUCUUAUGCACGCAGUGUUCUCUCUUACCUAUCCGUGUGCCAACUGCGCUUUGAUCACACAUCCCGCCCUGUCCCUCUUCUGCCCAAGUCUACGCCAUGUAGAAAAUCGCAUAUAAGACGAAAAUUGCACAAAAUGUAAUUUAUGUGGUUGUAUGAUAUAAAAUAUUAUGAUUACUAUACUGUGAUGUGAGAAAAUAGAAAAUGCGCUAGACAUAUCCCGUCUCUGUAAACCUAUUUCAAUGAACUUUAAUUAUUAAUAUUUCAAGAAUUUUCAUUGAAAAGUGUUCUAAAAAAGAAUAUAAUAACUUAUAUAUAUAACCGUGCCAUGCU